GAUCUUUAUUUCUUAUUCAAACAUUUAUUUGUAUAAAUUGAGUUGAUAAAGAAUUCACUCCUUGUAAAAAAGUCACUAUGGUUCAAAUGAAGUAGACUAAGAACAUGGGAUUCCUUCAAGGAAGCAGCAAUUUGUUUUUGUUUUCUGAAGAUAAACAAAUUAAACAUUAUAAAUAAAAUGUUAUUUUGCAGAAGUUGUAGAAGGUUCAAGUCAAGCAGCCUUAAUAGUGCUGUUGAUGCUCUAGUUGAUGCUACUAGCACCAGCAAGUGGAAAUACAAACUGGAUGAUCAAGUUGAAAAGGAUUUACUUGAUGAAAAGAUAAAACCUAGACAUCAUCCUGGAAAAGUACCUUCAGCGGCAAUAAAUGUCCCCAAUUCAUUCAUAAAAGCAACGAAAAUCAUUCUAGAAGAUCAAGACAGUGCACCUAAAAAAGAAAUUAUCGAGAGGAGUGAAAAUUUUGUGAGGUAUUUACAAAGUAAAAAACCCCCCAUGGAGCAAGAUGAGUUGAAGGCACACAUAUCUGAGCUUAAAAAUAGGGUUGUAAAUAAGUUGGAAAAAACAAAUAAAGAACUACUAAAUAAUCCAAAUGUUAUUAAGAGUCAAAUGACGAAUUUGAUGAAAAAAACAGUGUAUAAUUGGUUUUCUGUCAAAUAUGAUAUUGUUCAAAGCUUAUGUUACUUAGUAGGAAGAUCAGCUGCAGAGUAUGCUGUUUUAGUGAGGAUAUUUUCAGAGAUAAAAGCUAGAGAUCCGAACUGGAAACCAACAACAUUGUUUGACUUUGGUUCUGGUGUUGGCACUGUUACAUGGGCAGCUAAUACUAUGUGGCCAAAAUCAUUCACAGAAUAUUUCAAUGUAGAUUCAUCAGCUGAAAUGAAUGAACUUGCAGAAAUCCUAUUGAAAGGCGGUCGAGGACAAAAGGAGAAUCCAUUACGUGGAGUUUAUUACAGACAGUUUUUUCCAAGUAAACCUGUACCCUAUGAUCUUGUUGUAUCAGCUUAUACUCUGAUGGAAUUACCCUCCUUACAGAAUAGGCUAGAAGCUAUCCGAAAAUUGUGGAAUAAAACUACAAAAUAUUUGAUAAUUGUCGAAUACGGAAGUUAUGCAGGAUAUAAGGUCAUCAAUGAGGUUCGGGAUUACAUUUUGAGUCUUGGAAAUGGUCAUGUAUUUAGUCCAUGUCCUCAAGACAGCACCUGCCCUAAAUUUAUUGCCGAAAAUGGCGUCCCCUGUAAUUUUGGAGUACGUUAUUAUGGCAUGCCCUUCAAGGAUAAUCGUCAAACUAUACAAGUUGAAAAAUAUUCAUACAUCGUAUUGAAAAAAGGAGCAAGAAGUGGAAAUGAUUCUGAUUGGCCUAGACUAAUUAAUCCUACAUUAAUUAGGCAUAAACAUAUUGUGUGUAAUUUAUGUACUAGCGAAGGAAAAAUUGAACAAUCUGUGUUUACUGCUUCCAAAUAUGGAAAGCUUGCAUAUCGAUGUGCCAAAGCUUCAGACUGGGGUGACCGUUUACCAAUGAAUAUAAAAAACCCGACAGAUAAUGAGAAUGUAGACAAUACAACCAUGAACCCAGAUGAGAAAUUGAAUGAAUAAAUUUUGUUACAAUA